AUGCAUGAAGUGAUGCUGGAAGAGAAUAGUCAUAAAAAGAUUGUUGGCAUGGGAAAAGCUCAAGGUCAAAGAGAAAUGAAACAUGGCAAAGUCAUCAACAAAGAUUUACGUCAUUAUCUAAGCCUACAGUUUCAGAAGGGUUCAGUUGAUCACAAACUGCAACAGGUUAUCAGAGAUAAUCUUUACUUGAGAACUAUCCCAUGCACUACAAGAGCUCCCAGAGAUGGGGAAGUCCCUGGAGUGGACUAUAACUUUAUACCUGUUGAUCAGUUCAAAGCAUUGGAAGAAAGUGGAGCUUUGCUAGAAAGUGGAACAUAUGAUGGUAAUUUCUAUGGCACUCCUAAACCUCCAGCUGAGCCUAGUCCAUUCCAACCUGAUCCAGUGGACCAGGUGCUUUUUGAUAACGAUUUUGACCCGGAAUCUCAAAGAAAAAGAACAACAUCAGUCAGCAAAAUGCAGAAAAUGGACACUUCUCUUCCUGAAGAAGAAGAGGAAGAAGAAAAAGUAGCAGUUAAUGGUAGUGGAGGAACAGAAGGCAAAGAGCGACAUUUAGAGUCUUCUGACUGGAUGAAACCUGUUCCUAGUUACAGUCAGACAAAUAGUUCUGUGGAUUUCAAAAACUAUUUAUCGAGGGAAGAAAAUUUAGAGCCUCUCCCCAAGAACUGGGAAAUGGCCUACACAGACACCGGAAUGAUCUAUUUCAUUGACCACAAUACAAAAACUACCACCUGGCUGGAUCCUCGUCUGUGUAAAAAAGCCAAAGCUCCUGAAGACUGUGAAGAUGGAGAGCUUCCUUAUGGCUGGGAGAAAAUAGAAGACCCUCAGUAUGGAACAUACUACGUUGAUCACAUCAACCAGAAAACCCAGUUUGAAAAUCCAGUUUUGGAAGCCAAACGGAAAAAACAACUAGGACAGACUGAUGGAGGUUUAUCAAAUCCAGAACACGCAAAACCUUUCUUUACUCGAGAUCCAUCCCAGUUGAUAGGGGCACUAAUACAGACAUCAUUGAAGAAAAGCACUAUGGGAUUUGGAUUCACAAUAAUUGGUGGAGACAGACCAGAUGAAUUUCUGCAGGUGAAAAAUGUACUAAAGGAUGGACCUGCUGCACAGGAUGGCAAAAUUUUAUCAGGUGAUGUCAUUGUAGAUAUAAAUGGUACAUGUGUCCUUGGCCACACUCAUGCUGAUGUUGUCCAGAUGUUUCAAUUAGUUCCCGUCAAUCAGUAUGUGAAUAUGACGUUGUGUCGUGGAUAUCCUCUGCCUGAUGAAAGUGAAGAUCCUGUUGUAGAUAUUGUCACAGCCACUCCUGUCUUAAAUGGCCAGCCAGUUACAAAAGGAGAUACCUGUAUACUCAAUCAGGAUUUAAUCCCAGGAACAGUGGUUUUGGAUCACAAUAAUAAAACUGGACAUAUAUUAGUCAAUGGACGCCUGAAUGGUCCUUCAGCAAUAGACUUCGGUGAAGAAAGGGCUGCAGGGUCUUCUUCAGGAUGUUCUCAAGCAGAAAUGGUCACAAUUCCUCUGAUCAAGGGACCUAAAGGUUUUGGAUUUGCAAUAGCUGAUAGCCCUGCAGGACAAAAGGUGAAGAUGAUUUUAGACAGCCAGUGGUGUCAUGGACUUCAGAAAGGGGAUGUAAUUAAAGAGAUUUAUCAUCAGAAUGUACAGAAUCUAACACACAUCCAGGUAGUAGAAGUACUGAAGCAGUUUCCAGUUGGAGCAGAGGUGCCACUGCUUAUCCUAAGAGGAGGACCUUCCUCACCUACAAAAACUCCCAAUGUUGUCAGUAUUGAUAAUAAAAUAAAUAAGCAGGAAAAUUCAGGAAGCCUAGAGACCAUCAGUGAGUCUGUUCCACAUCCAAUGCCUUUUCCACCUACUUCUGUGAAGUCGUCUUCUCCAAAGCUUGAUCCUUCUGAAGUCUAUCUGAAAUCUAAAACAUUGUUUGAAGAUAAACCUCCAAACACAAAGGAUUUAGAUGUUUUCCUUCGAAAGCAAGAAUCUGGGUUUGGUUUCCGGGUUCUUGGAGGAGAUGGUCCUGAUCAGUCAAUCUACAUUGGAGCAAUCAUCCCACUAGGAGCAGCAGAGAAAGAUGGUAGACUCCGUGCAUCUGAUGAGCUUGUAUGCAUUGAUGGAAUCCCAGUGAAAGGGAAAUCACAUAAGCAAGUUCUGGAUUUAAUGACAAGUGCUGCACGAAAUGGACAGGUGCUGCUGACUGUUCGCAGGAAAAUCUACUUUGGUGCUGAUAAACAACCAGAAGAAGAAAUAACAUCUGAAGUUCCUUUCAUCUCCCAGAGUGGCUCCCCUAGACUCAACCGAGAAGAGAUAAUCAGCAAACGAUUCCCAGAAGCCUAUGAUGUAGUGCUGCAACGGAAGGAGAAUGAAGGAUUUGGCUUUGUGAUCCUUACCUCAAAGAAUAAACCACCACGUGGUGUGAUUCCUCAUAAGAUUGGACGUGUUAUUGAUGGGAGUCCAGCUGAUCAUUGUGGAAAACUGAAAGUAGGAGAUAGAAUUUCUGCAGUGAAUGGACAGUCAAUCAUAGACUUGUCACAUGAAAAUAUUGUGCAGCUGAUCAAAGAUGCAGGGAAUGCUGUCACACUCACUGUUAUUGCUGAAGAAGAGCACCGCGGUCCCCCAUCAGGAGCAAACUCUGCCAGACAGAGUCCAAUUCUACAGCAUCGAGCACUCGGACCAGUUCCAGCUGCUUCUGUGUCUACUGACAGGGGUGCUAUAGAAGCUGAUGGUGGAAAAGAACAAUGCAACAGUUACAAGCACUUCUCAUUAACAGAAGUUGUUGGAUCUCUCGGAGGGAGCACACAUUCUCAG